GUCAAUGCACACAUCCCUCCGGAUUAUCUUCUUAGGAUCUGUGAGAGACUUGGACCUCUUUUAGACAAGGAAAUCCCACAGAGUGUCCUAGGUGUGCAGACUUUGCUCGGUGUCGGGCGCCAGUCUCUGUUAAGGGCAGCAAAAGACUUCAGGCAUACGCUAUGGAAGGGAUCUGCGUUUGCAGCUCUGCACAGAGGCCGCCCUCCCGAACUACCUGUAAAUUAUGGCAAACCGCCAAACGUGGUAAAUAUAAUUUCUGCCAGGCAAUUAACUGGAUGUGGACGUUUCAGCCACUUGUUCCCAACAUCCACCUACCAACACAUAAAAAUGCAUAAGAGGAUUUUGGGACAUCUAUCAUCUGUUUAUUGUAUAGCCUUUGAUCGCAGUGGGAGGCGAAUUUUUACAGGGUCAGAUGAUUGUUUGGUCAAAAUCUGGGCUACAGAUGAUGGGCGCCUGCUGUCAACGUUGCGAGGACACUCAGCUGAAAUCUCUGACAUGGCUGUUAACUACGAGAACACGCUGCUCGCUGCAGGCAGUUGUGACAAAGUAGUGCGAGUAUGGUGUCUUCGAACCUGUGCCCCAGUCGCAGUGCUGCAGGGCCAUUCAGCUUCCAUUACUUCCAUACAGUUCUCUCCAGCAAGGAAAGGAACAACACGAUACCUCACUUCUACUGGUGCUGACGGAACAAUCUGUUUCUGGCAGUGGCAUGCUAACACCAUGAAAUUUAAGGAUCGCCCUGUGAAAUUUGCAGAGAGGUCCAGGCCAGGUGUUCAGAUAUCUUGUUCAUCUUUCAGUUCCGGUGGCAUGUUCAUUGCAACAGGUAGUACUGACCACGUGAUAAGGAUUUAUUAUUUGGGCGCAGAAUCUCCGGAGAAAAUGGCCCAGUUAGAAUCUCAUACGGACAAAGUGGUUGCAGUCCAGUUCUGUAACAAUGGCGACAGCUUAAGAUUUGUCAGUGGAAGCAGGGAUGGAACAGCAAGAAUAUGGCACUAUCAGCAGCAAGACUGGAAGAGUGUGGUCCUGGAUAUGGCUACCAAAAUGACAGGAAACAAUGUAGCAUCUGGGGAGGACAAGGUGACUAAGCUGAAGGUUACUAUGGUGGCUUGGGAUAGAUAUGAUGCCACUGUCAUCACUGCAGUCAACAAUUUCCUUCUCAAAGUGUGGAACUCAUCCACAGGGCAGCUUCUUCAUAGCUUAUCUGGUCACGAUGAUGAAGUUUUUGUUCUGGAGGCCCAUCCGUUUGACCAAAGGAUUGUACUUUCAGCGGGUCAUGAUGGAAAUAUUUUUGUUUGGGAUAUAGACAAAGGAACAAAAAUUCGCAAUUACUUUAACAUGAUUGAGGGCCAAGGCCACGGAGCUGUUUUUGAUUGCAAGUUCUCACCAGAUGGACAGCAUUUUGCCUGCACAGACUCUCACGGACAUCUGCUAUUGUUUGGUUUUGGAUGCAAUAAAUAUUAUGAAAAGAUUCCAGAGCAGAUGUUCUUCCAUACGGAUUACCGACCACUGAUCCGCGAUGCAAAUAACUAUGUGUUGGAUGAACAGACUCAACAGGCUCCACAUCUUAUGCCACCUCCAUUCUUAGUGGAUGUUGAUGGAAAUCCUCAUCCCACAAGAUUCCAAAGGCUGGUACCGGGGAGGGAAAAUUGCAAGGAUGAACAGCUUAUUCCUCAGCUGGGAUAUGUAGCUAAUGGUGAUGGUGAAGUGGUUGAACAAGUCAUUGGGCAGCAAACUAAUGACCAGGAUGAGAGUAUUCUUGAUGGAAUGAUCAGAGAGCUACAGAGGGAACAAGAUCUGAGACUAAUUAAUGAAGGAGAAACUCCUCCAAACCCACCACUCAAUAGAUCCCACUCUGUUAAUGGAGCUCUUCGAAGUCCAGGUUUGGAUGUUACAUCUCCACCAAACGUUGGUCUCCGGAGAAGUGGCCAGAUUGAAGGGGUCCGGCAGAUGCAUCACAAUGCUCCCCGAAGUCAGAUGGCGACGGAGAGAGAUCUCAUGGCAUGGAGCAGGAGAGUAGUGGUGAAUGAGCUUCCUCCAGGCAUCAGCAAGGUCCAGGAAGAAUGUCGAGCUGCCAAAGGUGAAAUUGAAAUUAAUUUAUACACCGUUGAGAAGAAGAGAAAGCCAUCCCACAUCUUGCAGCGGAACGAUUACCAGCCAGGGAGCGGGAGGGCUCUGAGAAGAAACCAGCGCAAGCGCCAGCACGCCUACCAGACGCGCUCCACCAUAGAACACAGUCAGCAGGGAGCAAGUCAAAGUGCACGUGCGCGGGAGGAAUCGGACAGCUCCUCAGAGGAAGAUGAGACUGUUGGCACAAGUGAUGCAUCUGUGGAUGAUCCUGUGGCAGCAUGGCAAAGUGAAAGCAGUUCCAGUGAUUCAUCAAGUGAAUAUUCUGACUGGACAGCAGAUGCGGGAAUUAAUCUCCAGCCUCCAAAGAGACAAACCAGGCAGGCAGCUCGGAAAAUCUGUAGUAGUUCUGAAGAUGAAAAUAUGAAGGGGACAAAAGGACUGGAGCCAAAACGAAGGAAACUUAAACAGCCUAGAAAAAAGAAACCAAGUGGACUGCUUUCGAUGGAAGGUGAACCCAGUGAAGAAUGGCUUGCCCCUCAGUGGAUCUUGGAUACUAUACCCCGCCGCUCACCUUUUGUCCCGCAGAUGGGAGAUGAGAUUAUAUACUUCAGGCAAGGCCAUGAAGCUUAUGUGCGGGCAGUAAGGAAAGCAAAAAUUUACAGUAUUAACAUGCAAAAACAACCAUGGAACAAAAUGGAACUCAGGGAACAAGAAUUUGUGAAGACUGUAGGAAUUAAAUAUGAAGUGGGGCCUCCUACACUCUGCUGCUUGAAGCUUGCAUUCCUAGAUCCAAUCACAGGCAAAAUGACAGGAGAAUCAUUUUCCAUAAAGUACCAUGACAUGCCAGACGUUAUUGACUUCCUUGUGCUGCAUCAGUUUUAUAAUGAAGCCAAAGAAAGGAACUGGCAAAUAGGGGAUAGAUUUCGCAGUAUAAUAGAUGACGCUUGGUGGUUUGGAACUGUGGAGAGUCAGCAGCCUUUCCAGGCAGAAUAUCCCGAUAGUUCCUUCCAGUGCUACUCUGUUCACUGGGACAAUAAUGAAAGAGAGAGGAUGAGUCCGUGGGACAUGGAACCAAUUCCAGAAGGAACUGCUUAUCCAGAGGAGGUUGGUGCUGGAGUUCCUGUGACUCCAGACGAGUUGACAGCUCUUCUCUACAAACCCCAGGAAGGAGAAUGGGGGGCCCAUUCCAGAGAUGAAGAAUGUGAACGAGUAAUCCAGGGGAUUGAGCAACUUCUUUCCCUUGACAUUUCUAAUCCCUUUGCUGUUCCCGUGGACCUUAGUGCCUAUCCCAUGUAUUGCACUGUUGUUGCUUAUCCAACUGACCUCACCACGAUCAGGAGGAGACUUGAAAACAGGUUUUAUAGGAGAAUCUCUGCUCUGAUGUGGGAGGUACGAUACAUUGAACACAAUGCCAGGACUUUCAACGAGCCAGACAGUCCUAUAGUCAAAGCAGCCAAAAUUGUAACAGAUGUCUUACUUCGCUUCAUUGGGGAUCAGAGUUGUACUGAUAUAUUAGAAAUAUAUAACAAGGUGAAAGCAGAAGACCUAAGCAGUACUGAUGCAGAAGAGGAGGUGGCAGAAGUAGAUGUAGAUUCGGAUGCUCCAGGAACUUCCUCUGGAAAAAGACGAGUAAGACGCCGAAUAAAAAGGCAGCCCAUGAAAGCAAGUCCCGAUGCUUGGAAAGAGCAGUGCAAGCAGUUGUUAAACCUGAUUUAUGAGAGAGAGGACUCGGAGCCUUUCAGACAGCCGGUUGAUCUCUUCUCCUAUCCUGUAAGGACCACUGCCAUAUUCAAAAUUAAACAAGCCCGUUGCUCAUCCUUUGGCCAAACGUCCACGCUGGGCGAUUAUCGAGAUAUUGUAGACACUCCUAUGGACUUCAGCACUGUGAAAGAAACCUUGGAAGCAGGAAACUACACUAGUCCCUUGGAAUUCUACAAAGAUAUUCGUUUAAUAUUCUGCAACUCUAAAGCUUACACUCCUAAUAAAAAGUCUCGAAUUUACAGCAUGACACUUCGACUAUCUGCCUUAUUUGAAAAUCAUAUGAAAAAUAUCAUCUCUGAGUACAAGUCAGCAAUGCAAUGUCAGAAGAGGAAAAGGCCACGGUACCGGAAACGGCUAAGAAGCAGUAGCAGUUCACCGUCAACAAGCAGAGCAUCUAGCCCAAAAGGGAAACAGAAGCAAAUGAAGAUUCAACCUAAACCCAACCAGAAUACCUCACUGCCUUUGACUAGGACUAGUUCUUCAGUUUCAUCUCAUGUUUCAGAUACAGCAGAAGAACCUCUGGGUUCAGCCACUGGUGAAGAGAUGGAAGGCCAGCCAUCUUCCUCAGGCUCAAAUGCACAGAACCGAAGUGGAAAUACUGUUGAUCCAGGGAAAAGUAGACUAAUCAGAAGUAAAUCUACACCAGUGAAACAAGAUCACUCUCCUGACGGGCCACUUACAAACGGCGAUGGCAGAGAACCUCGGACAGGAGUCAAGAGGAAGUUAAUCAGUGCGUCAGAAGAGGAUGAGCCUCUGGAGGGAGCAGAGGAAGAGGAGAAAAAGAAGAGAGAAUUAAAGGAAAAAUCUGGCUUAUCUUCAUCAGAAAGUGGGGAAUCGGGAUCCAGUUCAAGUUCUGAAAGCAGGAGUGGCUCCGAUUCAGACUCUGAAUCAACGUCUAGAACAGAUCAGGAUUACAUUGAUGGAGACCAUGACUACAGCAAAGUUGUGCAAUCCAAAAAACCCAAAAGGAAGAUCAAAAGAAAAAUCACCGGUGGGAAGCGGAAUUGGCAGGGCAGAGGGACAGGAAGGAGAGGUAGAUGGGGGAGGUGGGGGAGAUGGAGUCGAGGGGGAAGAGGUGGCAGAGGUGGCAGAGGCUGUGGCAGAGGAAGAGGUGGUGGCAGAGGAGGCCGAAGAGGCCGAGGAGGUCGAGGAGCCUCGCGAGGAGCUACCCGAGCGAAACGUGCCCGAAUUACGGAUGACGAAUUUGAGAAUCUGUUUGGAGGACAGUUUGGUGAAAAUGUGUUCGGAGGGCGAUUCAGUAGGCCGCCUCGAAUCAAAACAAGGAACGAGGGCAGGAGGACUGUCUUGUACAAUGAUGAUUCGGACAACGACAAUUUUGUGCACACCGAGGAUCCUUUGAACCUUGGUACUUCCAGGUCAGGCAGGGUGCGGAAAAUGACAGAAAAAGCCAGGGUCAGCCAUCUCAUGGGAUGGAAUUAUUGACAGAUGAAAAACUUUGGAACAAUUUUAAAAGAACUUCAAUGGCCUUCUACUGCAGGGAUUUUACCAGAAAAUCUACCAAGCAAGUUGUGCGGGGACUCCACUCACGUUUCACAGUGGUGCUUUUCCACGAUGUCACUUUGCGUUUGUUUUAAAACUUCAGAUCGCCACACUUCAUUGGUCAAAACAAGCCUUAGUCAUUAGGCCUUAAAUUGCAGAAAUUCUUCCCCACACACUACGAGUUCAUCACAUUAAAGAGGCUUCCAGCUUCUCAAUAAGAACAUGACAUUUUGAGUCACAGUUAUGACUUCUCUCCCUUGUUUUGUUUUUGUAUUAUUGAAAUAGCACCUUCUUACAGAGUUUUUAUGUGGUUUCUGCCAUAAAUCCUUAUACACAGUAAUAAUUAUAACUUUUGCACAAUACACCAAUCCUAAAGGCAGCUAUAAAAUGUUUACAGUUUCUAUAUCGUAAGAAGGAUCUGGAUUAUGUUAAUCUUCCCAGGCCAAACGUUCAUGAAUUGUGCUGAACUGAAGUAUGUCUAUACUACAGUUACGGGGGUCCUGAUGUGCUUUCUAUCGGUUCUUCAUUCAUGUAAAAAGUGACAAAGGGUUGGUGCCUUGUAAAUAUGUAGCAAACCUUUGAUGUGGUGUGUCCUAUGUGUGCAUUAACUUUAUUAAAAAAGAGAAUACUUGAGAAGUAUGAAUAUCUAGACAAAAGGUGCCAAAUGCAAAAGUUACUUGCAUCUAUUUUCUUUUUGUCCUCUCAUAUUUUUAUAGUAUUAAUAGAGAUUGUGCAGCUAAGGGGUAACUUCAACAUUUGAAAGGUUCCUCCUCUUCAAAGCAUAACGUGAUUUUUAAUUGUAGCUCAGCUACCUCUAUUUACAACUACUGGAAACUU